AUGGAUACAACCGCCCCGACAAUAGAGCUUGUUCCAACAGCCUCAGCGGCUCAGUUUACACGCUCUCAUGUCGCCGCAGAAACUAUAGAAACCACUAGUCUCACAAUGAGACCUUUGAAAAAGCAUACGAAUGUACGGCUGGGAGCAAAGAUUGACCUCGAAGGCUUCCCCAGUCGAGCGUCCUUGCUUGCGAUAUCAAACAAACACAACUGGUUCUUCGCAGGCCAUGGAAACACUGUCCUCGCUUCCCCGCUCUCCGAAUUACGAACCUCGUUGGGUCAGAAUAGCACAGAAGAGGAAGUCACAUUCCUCUGUCAGACCAGACUGAGUACAGAGGACUCAAACAUUCCUCUGUUCUUGUCCCUCACUGCUGAUGACUCGAAACUCGUGGUGGCGUCAAAGUCUGGCGCUAGUAUCUGGGAUGUCAACGCAAUAAUCAACGGCCAAACCAGCCCCUCCCACUCCUUUACUUUAAAUGACCUCGUCAUUGUGGACGUCCACCCAAAUUCUGGAGAGAAUCCAGAGUUGGUAGCGUUCCUGACUACAGGAACAUCCCAAGAUCAGCCUUACAUGGUUGUGCUUUUCAACUGCUCAACAAAUACGGAGCUGGUUCGUUGGAGUGGUUUAUUAUCCAAAGGCAACGCGCCGAUGGCAGUCUCCUGGUCGACUCGUGGCAAGCAGAUAGCCAUAGCGACAUCCAACGGCGACAUACUGCAAUACAGUCCAGCCGAUCCAGCUGCGGCUAAAGCUACAGUGCCUGGAGCGCAAGGACCAGAUAUCACAAAUACCGUGCCUCUACGGCUCCAGUGGUUGUCAAAUUACACCUUUCAUGUCGUAUAUGCGCCACCAAAGACCGAGGGUGGUAUGGACGAGGAAUACCUCCCCGACCAAUUCAACUAUAUCAUCACCUACGACAAGAAGACGAAUCAGGCCAUCGAUACAUCUUUACCUCUUCCAUGGGAGCCUUACGGCUUGGCAAGGGAGCCUGGUCAUCAGGUGGCUACUUUGAGACAUUGGGGUCGGUUCAAGCAGCUAUGCUUCAUCAACGAUGCACACGCCACCAACGUAGGCAUAUUUGGCUGUAUAGGAGAUCCUGCAGGCGCAGAGGAGUCGGGCGUUUGGAGCACGAUAUCUCUCGGAGAGGAAUCGUUGACUUUCCCACUCUCGUCCGACAUGGACGACACGUCACUUAUUGGAAUGGCCAUCGACUUCUCUGCCACCAACAAACUCCUGGGAUCUAGCCAAGUCAACGGUGAUGAACCAGCGAUUCCUCCCGCGCCAAUCCUAUAUGUCUACACAAACGACGCCGUAGUAGUUGCCUUUCAUAUUGUGAACGAGGAUGGAGUGCCAUAUCCUGCCAUGGCCGACGGCACCGCUGCAGCAAGUCUCGGUGGUACGGAGCAAGGGAUGGACAUGGCGACGGAAAAGACGGGUGCUGGCGGAGAGGGUGAAGCUGCAAUGGAAACGUCAAAGGCAGCUACACCGAUGAACAUGACGAAUCCCGGAACGCCAGCGUUUGGGUUUGCCGCUGUCCCGGCUACAUCUGCAUCUGCGCAAGUUCCAGCCUUUGGCAAAUCUGGGUUUGGAUUCGGUGCCGCUGCAACGUCCGCACCCAAAUUUGGCUCUUCGGGCUUUGGAUCUGCACCUGCUGGACCAUUUAGCGCAUUUGCGAACCAGUCGACCACGACAGGGCCCAAACUCGGCUUUGGUGCAUUUGCAUCUGCUACGCCUGCAUUUGGGCAGAGUUCAUUCGGUGCACCCCCAACCGGUACGACGGCUCAGCCACCGGCUUCGGGGAGUGCAUUUGGAUCUUCCACCAGUGGAGGAGGGUUCGCAGCGUUUGCUGGAGCAAAAUCUGCGUUUGGUCAGCCUUCUACUUUUGGACAACCUUCUACAUCGACACCGUCGCCAUUUGGACUACCCUCAUCGUCAUCUACCCCUUCUCCGUUUGGCCUAUCUUCUUCUGCGUCCACUACGUCGCCGUUUGCAGCAGCAGCAGCUGCCGCUGCCGCACAAAAGGCUGCUGAGCAGCCUGCUCCUCAGGCAUCGGCUGUUGAAUCAGCCAUUUCACCUCCCGCCUCUGAAACUUCCACCUCGGCCAAAUCACCUCCACCGUCUGAAACCACCAAUACGACCGCGCCCAAGUUUGGAAGUACAGGGUUUGCCUUUGGGUCGUCUUCAGCCACCACAAGUACGGCAUCCGCGUUUAAACCCGCUGCAGGGUUUGGUGGCUUCUCUGGCAUCAAGACAGAUGGGAGCACGAGCGCUUUCCUGAACCCAAAGCCGGUGGACACGCAAAAUAAACCUCUCACGACGUUUGCCGGAAUCGGGACCGCACAGGCAUCAUCGACUGCACAAGCUGGAGCAACGAAGGUGCCAGCGUUUGGCGCUACCACUGCUUUUGGUCAAUCCUCCUUUGGCAAACCCGGUCAAAGUGCGUUUGGCCAAAGCGGAUUCGGUCAGAGCCCCUUUGCGGCAAAGUCUCCGUUUGCUACUGCGACGACCGCUACAACUGGUUCUACUACCACUUCAGGGGGUGGUGGAUUCAGUUCAUUUGCCAGUGGUGGAGGGUCAAGUGGCUUUGCUGCUCUUGCGAGUAAGGCCGAUCAGGCGCCGUCUUUCCUUGGCUCGACCAAGACGAAAGAUACCGAGUCGGCAAAUGCAGAAAAGGACAAACCUGCUGUGAAAGCCACCUCCAUCUUUGGAAGUAACUCCAAUGCCUCCAAGCCCGGCUUUGGUGGAACUGGGCUUCGGGACUCGUCGACCAAGAAUGAAGACGACGAAGAAGGAUCUACACAGCCGAAGGAGAAAUUCCCAGAGGAGGAAAUGGAUAAACUCGAACCUGUCAGCAAGUAUGAUGGACCUGGACUCUUUGCAUCUAUGGCAAAGGCACCACAGGAUAUGCGAACCCUUGGGUUGGGAGAUUCGAAAGCUGGAGCUUCAAAAUCUGCGUUUGGUCUGAAGACAAGCACCGAGAACGUAUCGGGAUCUGCGGCUGCUGCUUUCAAGCCUCAAGCUGGCACUUCUGCGCCUGUUGGGACAACUAGCCAACCGAAAUCAUCUGCGCCCGUCUCCGCGUUUGGCGCCUCUUCUGCAUCUGCUUCGAAGAAGAGUGAAGAGAGUACGACUCCAAAGGGCAAAGAAAAAGAAGAGAGUGAUGGAGACGAAAGUGGAGAUGAUGAGGAGAGUGUCUUGCUUGACGAUGAUGUUGACAACUUUUUGCGCGAAGGGGAUGAGAUACUGGAGAUUCACGAAUUUGACGAAGAGGAAGAGGAAUACGAGGAUGAUGAAGGCGAGGAAAAUGACGACGAUGACGACGAAGAAGUUUCGCUGUCGGACGAGGAGGAGGAUGAGGGAUCCGAUGUACCAAGUGGAGAAGACGAAUCUGGGGACGAAGAUGCCGAGAAUGAGGAUAGCUCAUCAACGGCAAUUCCGCCGUCGUCCAUCCCUUCAAAACCAGCCGCAACUCCAUAUAAUCCAUUUGGGAAACCCGCGUCUACCCCCUCCGCCACUGCCCAGAAGACAGAGCCUGCCUCAAGUUCGAGUCAACAAACAAAGGACGUCUCGACAUUCAAGAACACUACGUCUGCCGCCCAACCCUCUACAACGAGCGCAGAAAAGGCAACAGCUGCUCCCGCACGACCGCAGCCUGUUUCUCACCCCGUUGGUCAGCCAAUCACCGAACCACCAAAGCCCAAACCACGUCCUGCAUCACCAAAGGCAGCGUUUGGAUCAUGGAUUGCGCCUCCGAAAGCACCUACACCAACACCAGAUUCCAGCAAGAUGGUUCGACCGAAAACCCCGCCCAUGUUGUUUGGAAAAUCUGGGGCUGCAACUCAAUCUUUACAAACGAUCCCCACAGUACCGUCUAAAGUACCAGAAGCAAAGGCGGCGCCACCCCUUUCCUCUACCGCACCAAUACCACGGGGACCUGUGGCCAUUGAACCCAUCCAACCAAAGCAUCCCGAAGUUCAAGCAGGCAUCGACAGGAUACUCUACGAGUAUAGCGCUAUUAUGCAUAUGACUACCGAGCGCGCAAAGGGACUGCACGCGUCAUUCGACGCAUUCAAGGGAACUGGACCGCAUCUCAGACCAGAUGAAAAGGGCGAGAUACCACCCCAAUGGGACCCGCAAAUGUUUCAACAUGUCAAAGAUGGAUUGCGCGACGCACAUGAUUUACUGUCAAAGCUUGCAGAGAAGACCGUGGAACUCCAGCAGCGAAUCGUGGACGUGCAGUCGACGACUCUUAGAAUUGACAUGAAGCGUGAAGAAGCCGGGAGGUUCCUGAAGGCUCGCCAGAAUCCCGCGUUCUUAGAAAAGCUAGUGAAGCCUAGGGGUCUAGGACCGGAGCAAGCUGAAACGCAGAUGAAGCUUCGAAAAGCCAUACAGCGAGAGACGACAAGAGUGAAGGAAGUGGAGGAGACUAUGCAAAAGCUGAAACGCAAGGUUGAGCUAUUCAAGUCGGGAAGGCAAACCGUACAGAAGCCGUCGCUUGACACUAUUCACAACACUAUCAAGAAUGCCGAUUACUUUCUCGGCGACGUACAGACUCGAAUAGCCGCCCUAAGCGAACGAUUGGAUGCUAUCCAACCCAAAGGGGAGCCUCAAAGGACACCGUUGAAGCUUUCAACACGCGCGGCAAUUUCGAGGACGCCAACCCUUGGGUCAGACGCCAUUGCAAUGACCUUGGAAGUCUUCGCUGGAGAAGUCCGAAUGACGAAACUGCGGGAUCUACUGGCCCAUUCGCGAUCCGUUGCGCCCGUUAAUCGCGUUCAGAAACUCCAGACAACCGAAGCAAUAAACUUCAGUACUGGAGGACGACGAUCACCAUUCAGUGGAAAACCAGUCAUCCUUCGCGAGCUGAUUGCAAGUUCCACUUCUCCUCAAACUCCUUCAAGUAGUGCGGAUAGACCCGCCACGUUUACUGCUCCAGCGAACCCCAUCACCCAAGCGGUCCCAAGCCAACCGCCGCAAGUGCGUCCUCCUCCACCGGAUCAUGCCAGGCGUGGUCAGCCGAGUACGGCUCGCAAUCACUCGAAAGCACCUCAGAUCAACCGCGAUGGACCGGCCCACACCAGCGACUUUAGCUUCGGGCCGCCUCCACCUUCUAACACAAUUCGACUACCAACGAAUUUCGUAUCCUUGAGUUCUUUCAAAGGUACCAAAGGAACCUAG